CCCUAAGGUUUAGAUUAGUUAACUCUAAGAGUAUAAAUGUAUAUUUACUUCUUUAAUAAAAUAUUUUGUUCAUUUUAUUUUUUAGUGUUUAUAUUUGUGACAAAAACCUUUUUAUUAUUGUUAUCCUAGAGUUUUUUUUUUCAAGUUAUGGUUGAAGAAGGAAAUGAGACAGCCUAAAAACAAGAGCCGUUGACUUAUCCAUUUUAAUAUUUUUGUAAGUUUGACAUUUGUAAAGUAAACAUGAUACUUAGGGCUGAGAAAAAAAUCCGAAUCCGAAAAAGCGAACCAAAUCCUAUUCGAAAAAGUAGUAUCGAAUUCGAACUGAAAUUGAUUAAAUAUCUGAAUGGGUUUAAAAUUUUGGUAUUUAUAUAUCCGAACUGAAGUAUUUCCGGUACCCGAAUGUAUCCAUAAUAGAUUUAUAUAUCUAAAUAUGUCAAAAAAAUUCGGAUUUAAUGUAUAUUAAAAAACAUCCAAAAUAUACAAGAUAUUUUGAAAUUGUCCAAAAUAUUUGAAAAUAUUUACAAAUAUUCAAAAGUAAAUGUCUAAAAUAGUUAAAGUGUACUCAAAACACCAAAAAUACUUAAAAUAUCUAUUGAUUUCUAUACAAAUUUUCAAAUUAAACGAAUUUAUAUGUGAAGUUUAGGUAUUUUAACAUAUAUUAUUCAAAUUUGCAUGGAAUAUAUUAUUUUGUUCAUAGAUUUUGAAAAAUCUAAAGUAUAUAAUGAAUUUAAAAUUUUUUAAAUAAUUUAAAUGGGUUAUCCGAACUUGAACCGAACUCGUAAAGAUCCAAACCGAACCCGAACUGAAAUUUAGAAAUACUCGAAUGGGACUGAAAUAUUUGAUCCUGAAAACCCAAAACCCAAAUAGAACUGAACCGAACUCAAACGGAUUCCCGAACGCCCAUCCCUAAUGAUAAAACUCAAAAUAUCAAAUUUAAAGGUACAAAUUAAUACUAGAAAAUAUUCAGACAUAAACAAAAUAAUUUAAACACUUAACUGUACAUCCCAUUUAUUCUAAAAUAUAUGAAAUUUCAAUGCACAACAAUUGAGGAAAUUGCUUUUUAUAUAAAAAUGUUAUUAAAAUUAAAAUUAAAAUUAUUUAACUAAUUAUAAAUAGAUAAUAAAAUAUCACUAAUCUUACAGUUAUUAAUAAAAUUAAAGGUUGCAUAUAAAUAUGAAAACAUCUUACAUAUUCAACAUAUAAAAUUCUAUUAAACUUUAUAAAAAUGGAGCAUUUAUUUUGAUAUAAUAUUUAAAGUGAACUUAGUAAUAUUGGAACUCAAAAUGAAUUCAGAUCUAAAAUAAAUAAAAUCUACAUAAUCCGAAAUAAUACUAAAUCAAAACAAUAUUUCCUUUGUUCUUAAGAAAUAAAUUAUUUAAAAUGAAGUUGUGUUUUACAAAGAUAUAUGUUACCUUUUCUAUAUAUGACACUCAAAUAAAAUAACAGUGUCCAAGAGGUAACGAAUCAACGGACCUGAUCAAACCGCAACUUGAAUCUUAUUAUGGAUAAGGAUAAUAUGGAAAGUACUCGGUUUUCUUACAGAACAUCCCAAGAACAUCACCAAGUGUCGUACUGACUUCAUCAAACCGUUCUCCCAAUUAUCCAUUUGUCUAAUAUUAUAAUCAAUAAUUCGAGAGUUCACCACUGUUCUGAAUUCCUAAGUGGGAAACUUUUUAUUUUAUUUUAAAAUGGCUUAAAAUGGCUUCACGAUUUCAAAUGUCAGAAAGACAAGUAGAAAAGAAACGUCCACGUCGGAAAUUAAUAAAACUCGCAACUUUAUUUGUCCUUCACAUUAGACACUUCCACACACGUAUAUAUACCGUCGUGUGUACUUCAUAAUUUACACACCAAAGUUAGUUAGCAAACAAAAACACAUGGAGAAACAGAGCAUCACAAACACUUCUUCAUCUCCUUGGAUUCGAGGUUCUUGUAUCGGAAGAGGAUGUUUUGGAACGGUGAGCAAAGCCGUGAGCAAGAUCGACGGUGGAGUUUUCGCCGUUAAGUCAGUAGAUCUCGCCACGUGUCGUCCUUCUCAAUCCGAGUCCCUCGAGAACGAAAUCACAAUCCUCCGCUCUCUGAAGUCUCACCCACACAUCGUGAGGUUCCUCGGCGAUGACGUGUCUAAAGAAGGAACGACGUCGUUCAGGAAUCUCCAUUUAGAAUAUUCACCGGAAGGUGACGUGUCAAACGGUGGAAUCGUAGUUGACGAAACUCUCCUCCGCCGUUACGCAUGGUGUCUCGUCUCCGCUCUCGGUCACGUUCACUCUAACGGAAUCGUUCACUGCGACGUUAAAUCGAAGAACGUUCUGGUCGUUAACGGCGGAAGCUCCGUUAAGCUGGCGGACUUCGGAUCGGCGAUGGAAUUUAAAAAACCGACGGCUGGGAUUGCGCCACGUGGAAGUCCGCUUUGGAUGGCUCCGGAGGCGAUCAGGGGAGAGUAUCAAGGACCGGAGAGUGACGUGUGGUCUCUCGGUUGCACCGUCAUCGAGAUGCUCACCGGAAAGCCAGCGUGGGAAGACAACGGAUUCGACUCGCUGAGUCGGAUCGGGUAUUCAAACGAGCUGCCGUUUAUUCCGGCGGGAGUUUCGGAGCUCGGUCGCGAUUUCUUGGACAAAUGCUUGAGAAGAGAUCGGAGUCAGAGAUGGAGCUGCGGUCAGCUUCUGGAGCAUCCGUUUCUGUGUCAAGAUCAUCACUCGUUUGUCACCGAGUCGUCUCCGCGUUGCGUGUUGGACUGGGUCAACUCGGAUUUCGAAGAAGAUGAAGAGAGCGAUGUAUCUAGAGUUGAGUCUACGGUUUCGGCGAUGGCAAGGAUGAGUAAAUUAGCGACGACCGGAGGGGUAAAAUGGGAAUCAAACGGUUGGAUUGAGGUGAGAGCCAAUGCUUUCGAAGAGUCAGGGGCACAAGGGGAAUAUCUAGUUUCAACAAGGGUAGAAUCGGAAUUAAACACGUCCGUUAGACCGCCGGGAAAUGAAGAAUCCACGUCGGCGAUGACGUGUGAAUUAUUGCUGUUACUUGUGGUAGAGAAUAUUCAGAUAUAUGUCAAGUUUUACAGCAUUAUUAUUCGUGUUAUAUAUUUUUGUUAUCAUCAUGAAUAUAAUAAUAAGAAGAAGUUGCGAGAAAAAAUCUCUUUCAUUCUCAGCCUUAACUUUUUAUUCGGUAAUGCAUGUGAUUCGGAUCGGUCUAUCUAUUUCUUGAAAGCUCUUUUACGUGGUGUGAUGAGCGUCCUAACUCUCAACUGUUGCCUCUUUUUGUUGAUAACUCUCGUUUACACAAUCCCAUCUUGGUUUGGUAGUGGUAGAUUCGUGACCAAGUAUUAUUAUUUUUAUUAUAUAUUGAAGGUCGUUAGAGACGAACUAAGACCAUGCAAGUAG